CAGUCGAUUUUGCUGAGUCUGCAAUACUCUCCACGCGUGUAAAUUAACGGCAAACUAGGAAACUGCCACAGAUCUGUUUGGCCAUCUCCUGAGGUGGCAUUCUCCGUAUUGAUAUCUUUUGAUAUGGAGAAUCACAAAAAUACUGUUUUUAGCCGUGCAACUUUUAACAGAGCCUUGAAGUACGAUAGCGCUAAAAGGGAACUCACAAUUUCCCGUAUCCGAUUUGCCAAUAACGUUUCCAAGCGACUAAAAUUCGUCUACAUGUCACCUGGAUUAACUAUUCAAGAGCCGAGACCUUAGUAUAGGUUCAACAGUUUAACGGUUGGCUAUCUGAAUGCUCUGGACAUAUAAAAAUAAAGUUGCUUGUUAGGAAAUAAGUUAAUUAAUCGACUUCGCCAAUCAAGAUUUAAGAAUCGCACUAAAAAGGACGCGUGUGGACAAACAACGAAGCUCCGAUGCUCGCAGGCAGCGAGAGCAGACUCUGCACCUGUUUUUAACCUCAAGGUUGAAACCCACGAGCGACUUGCGAGGACUUGUUUCCAUUUACAAACGGCAGCCAGGGCCAUGGGUAUUCCGAUGGAGUCCGAGCUGCGUCGAUUUUACAUAAGCUUACCAGUUGAUGACGAAGAAUCGUUGGACGCAUUAGGCGAUGUGGCCGAAAACCUAAAGAUGAGGCUGUGGCCUGGUACAAAUUCUAGUGAAGAGAGACGAAAAUACAGCGUGUACAACAAAUCCAAAGUGCAUGUUACUCUAUGGGCUUGCGAUUUGCGCGUUGGCGAAGAUGUGCUUAAGAAACGUUUAAAGGCCUUUAUGUUCGAUAAUCGUGGACGCUUUACAAACCUGCGAAUUCGUUUUAAUAAGCUUUCCUAUUUAGCAAAAACAGAAACGAGGUACAUUGUAGCGUGCCUAGACCCCGCGUGUCGUAAACGGAUCGAGGAACUUAAACGUGCGCUUGAAAAAGCCUUCCGUGACCUUGGCAAAAGCCUGUUAGACCGUGAUACUUGCCAGUUACAUUGCAGUAUUGUAGCAUGUACUAACCUCAAUGUGUCCGUCGACCUGCUUAAAGUCCUUGGUCACUUUCGAAAGCCGAUAUCGGCGAUAAAUGACAUACAUCCAACACGGCUAAUUGUUACCUCAAAGUGGAACGUCCUCGCAUGUGGAACGUUUCUCGAUGGUACUGUUAAAUGUAUGCCACGAGAGUUGUCGCGGUGUCAAUCUCCGAUCAUAUACGAUACUGUGGAAGAUGCUAGCGAUUUAAUGGGUCGAACAGUCGACCUUAUAAAUUUCCCCAUUAAGCCAAAAGAGCAGCCAAUACAGUUGCUAUUUGCAGUCGCACGGGUAGUUGGCUUUGAUCUAGAAGAAUCAAUGAUUGAAAGGUGUUGUCGAGAGCCCUUACAAUUUUUCCACUUUCAGAAAUCGUACAGGCUUUAUUCUCGAUCGCCUGAUAUUGUAGCCGUAUUUGCGGAUAGAGAUAUACGUGACAGGUUCCUGGCAUGUGUUACAGCAUACUGGAAAUGGAACGACUUUAUGGUUUACGCCACGGAUAUUGACAGGACAUUUCCGAGCGUGAGGAUUACCGUCAACCGCCAAUUACCUUUAGAAACUAAGCUUCUUCUUGGAAAAGCAAAACGCUUUACAUACGAACAUGAUUUCAAGUACUGCUGGAUGGAAGACGACGAGAUUCGUGUUCGUAAGGAUGAUUUUAGUCCUGUCUACACUAUUAGGUGCCAAGAAGAUCUUCAACGUCUGGCUAGGAAGCACCGUCGACGUCAGCCUCAACAAUAUCCUCGACAUAUACCGCAGCAGCAAAAUUACGCAAGAAUGACUACCUGCGUAAUUUGAUCAAUACGCACAAUAGGUGUUAAGCCAUAUUUGACAGCUAUUUUAAUGAUUGAUUUCCCACUAUACACGUUCAUAGCACAUAAUCUUCUUUUAACAUUACCUUCAUAACCCACCACGCACCUUCCAUCAAACAAACCGAGACAGUAUUUACGCGUACAAUGUUUAUAAUAAAAGUUGAUUUCUAUAUUUCUUAUCAGUCGUGCAUUAUUUAUCUGUGCAUGAAACAUCCUUUAAUAUAUUAUAACAUUACAUGCAACAAUUACCUAAUAUAAUCUGUUUCGUUGAAAAACAAGCAAGAAACGGGUAACGGAAGAACAUGCUUUCGCUAGAGUUGGAUCUUCGAGUAAAAUACGCCUCGCGUGCCCCGGAAUAUCAACCUACUAAGUUUAGGAACACGUGAGGCGAUCUAGUUUUGAGACCGAGAGCACACAUGCCUCGUGUCGUGCUGGGAGCCAGUCGCCUGAAGCAACGCCUAACAGCAUUAUGGAAGGAUAUGAAACUUGAAACGCCCUAUAUUCUUUUCGCGUAAACUAAACGAGUGUGAUUCAAAACGAAAUAAAAAAUCUUUUACCUCCCCGUCCGGCCGAAAUCAGAGGCCAGGCUGAUGUGUUACCUCUGCCCACACAACCUCUUUUUUGUCAAUAACUUGACCUUAGCCUUUUACAUAGCCGUCAAAUGCAACUCGUGAAAUAAUGUUGUUAGACUAGUUAGACGCAAGUGAGAAAAACUAACAAGUGGCUACUAUACAAUUUGCAAUUGGCCUACUCGCUGGUAAUCAAAAUAUCAGACAAACGUUCUAGAUUUGAUCUGCAAAAUCCGCGUAUAUCUGGGCCAUCCACAUAUUGCCCUUCAAUGCCACCCAUACCGGCAACACGUAAUCAUUCCGAGCAGUCACAUAGACACCAAUAUUACUUUGAGAAAAACAGAAAUUUAAUCUCAGGCUACAAUACGAAACGGGGAUAGCAAUUAUGAAGUAAAAUAGGUCAUUACUACCUCGCCAGAUUAUGAAAAAUGCAUAAUAGAUAUAUGUUUAAUAUUAUAAUUAAUCUAAAGGUUGAUUUACUCUCGCACUUAUGAACAAAUCUGAUGCACCUUCUCCUCUCAUCGUCUGCUUUUUGAUACGUUUCGGUGCCGAUACCUUCGCAAUACGCUAGCUCCAGUAGACAUUUCUGUAGUUACUGAAGGUUUAUUAAGUGGGUGCAGUACAAACAAACAGUGUCAUCAGGCUUUUGUUAGCCGCCUCAAGGAUAAUGAUGGGCUGUUAUAACAACACAGGAUAUCCGAAAACUUACCACAUGACUAGUACAUAAAUAAAAGUAGUAUAUUUCAAGUAUGAAAAUGUCAAUUUAUUAGGCAACCACGGACGUUGCACAAAUUGAAAUUCAAAAACGUUAUCGUUAUUUUUUCACAAGGACCGAAACGUCUUAGAGAAUUACAAGUGUGCGACUUACACAACGUUUUUAAGAGAUGCGCUAUGGCCAUCAAAUGGACCCUAUUUCAAUGGCCGUGACAUUAUGGAGUUUGGACUAAAUCUACAACUUACUUCGUCUCAGUAUCCAUCUAUGUAAGACACUUUUCUAAUAAUACUAAAUGCUAUCCAUGUCUUCAAAGAAAUGACUGAAUAACCGAUUCUCUUGGGAUAAUUGUAGAAGUGAAUAUAUACUGAUGUUAACUAUGUUCUAGAAC